UGGUGGACGUGGUUGGAAUUAAAAAAAAAUUCUUAUGGCACCAACCAAAUAUCAAUGAAAACUCAAUAACAGAAAACGGUUACGGAAUCAAAAACUCAAUAGUCAAAUCUUCCUCACCAUUUCCUUCAAACUCUUAAUUCUUCAAUCACUAUAAACAUUUUGCCGCCUAAUUCUUCUUCCUCCGCCGUAAAUGACCACCGUGAAAUCACUUCCACCGUCACGUAGCACCGCCGUAUACCGUACGGUCCAAUGCCGACAAUUGCCGACGGAAAACCUAGGGUUUCCUACACUCUUCCCACUCAAUGCCGGUAGAUCGUGCCGCAGUCAGAGAAGCCUAGCACUCUUCUACGACCGUGCGAGAUUGAAGGCAUACACAUUGAAGCCAAUUCAGGCUAAGAACGAUUCUGAAUCGUCUUGCUCGGAUAAUAACAGUACUUCGUUUUCUGGUAAAAAUCUCCGCCAGAUGUCAAAUAUUGGGAACUCGACGAACAUUUUGUGGCAUGAUUGUCCAGUUCAAAAAUGUGAUAGACAGCAGCUGCUUCAGCAAAAAGGAUGUGUUAUAUGGCUAACUGGUCUCAGUGGUUCAGGAAAAAGUACUCUUGCAUGUGCUUUGAGUCAAAGCUUGCACUCCAGAGGAAAACUGACUUACAUCCUUGACGGUGACAAUAUUCGGCAUGGUCUAAACCGUGAUCUUAGUUUUAGAGCAGAAGAUCGUUCAGAAAACAUACGAAGGAUUGGUGAGGUUGCAAAACUCUUUGCAGAUGCUGGUCUUAUUUGCAUCACUAGUUUGAUAUCACCCUAUCAAAAGGAUAGAGAUGCUUGCAGAGCACUACUGCCAGAAGGGGAUUUCAUUGAGGUUUUCAUAGACGUGCCACUACAUGUGUGCGAAGCUAGGGACCCAAAGGGCCUAUACAAGCUUGCUCGUGCAGGAAAGAUCAAAGGUUUCACUGGUAUAGAUGAUCCAUAUGAACCACCUUGUUGCUGUGAGAUAAUAUUACAACAGAAAGGAAGUGACUGUAAGUCCCCUAAAGAUAUGGCAGAAACAGUGAUAUCCUAUUUGGAGAAGAGUGGACAUCUGCAGGCCUGACUUUUCUUUAGAGGGGCCUUUCUUUUUUGUUUGCUAUAAUGGGGUUUUAAAGGGUCCUUUCUCGUAGCCUGUAGUUAAAUUGUGUUGUAGAUUUUGGCACAUAAAAAGUUGUUCCUUCCAGCUGCAAGGAAAUCAUCGUUUCCUGCACAUCUGCUUCUGUACUAAAUCAUAAGAUGGAGAGCCAUGGGGAAGGAUUUAUAAGUUGGUGCUGAUUGACAUAAGCACAUAGGAAGAAAGGAUUUAGUAUAUGUGAUUUGUGUCUUUUAGCCAAUAUUGGAUGUUUGGAAUGUAUAGCGCUGUGUAGGUAUGCAACUAGGGAGUUCUUAUGAUUUCUGUGUGGUACCGAUGCCUGGUACUGCAUAGGGAUUGAGAUUAUAUUGAGAUACAUGAAAUGUACUAGUAAAUUAUUCUUCAAAGUUAACUAGCAUUGGUUGACUACUCUUAAAAAAAAAAAACUUUGAGUUGACUUUUA